UUGGAGGGCACCUCUCGAAAAGCUAAUCACAAAAACCUCUAUUUUCUUCUUAGCAUGUUUUACUAGUAGUUAACAUAUAUACACUAAAUUCCAUAUAUUAUAUAUACUAAAUUCCAGUGCCAUAUCUAUUGUUUCGGUUGCCACAUUGUCUUAAAUCAAAUACUUCCAAAGCUAUUUACUUGCCUGCAGAUUUCUCAUCAGUUAUUGGGUUUUGGUUUUUGGAUUCAAUUGGGUAUCUUUUUGGGGGGGCUGAUGGGUCCUGCGAGAGGGUUAAAGAAAAGAAGGAAGGUAGAGAAGAAGCCUGAAGAAAAUGCUUCUGCUUCUUCAGAGAAGGAAAGGUCUAUUGAUUGGUGGGAUGAGCUUUCCAGGAAGAUGAAUGGUCUUCAAUCGCCAUCUAAGGGUCCGGAUAAGUUCAAAUCUGUUUUCAAAAUUUCCAGAAAAACCUUCAACUAUAUAUGUUCACUUGUGAAGGAAGAUAUGAUGGCUAAGCCAGGAAGUUUUACAUUUUCAAAUGGUAAACCUGUGUCUUUCGAAGAUCAAGUGGCUGUAGCUUUAAGAAGGCUAAGCUCUGGUGAAUCGCUGGUGAUAGUUGGUGACUUGUUCGGGCUGCACCACUCAACCGUCUCACAACUGACAUGGCGCUUUGUGGAGGCCAUGGAAGAAAGGGGCCUUCACCACCUGCGAUGGCCUUCGACUGAAGAAGAAAUGAUGGAAAUAAAAUCCAAAUUCGAAAAGAUUCACGGUCUUCCCAAUUGCUGUGGUGUGAUUGACACUACUCACAUUAUGAUGUGUUUGCCUUCAUCGGACCCUGCAAGUAAAGUAUGGCUCGAUCACAAGAAGAAUCACAGCAUGGUCUUGCAGGCAAUUGUAGACCCUGAAAUGAGAUUCAGGGACAUAGUCACUGGCUGGCCAGGUAAAAUAGAUGACUGGUUGGUUUUUCAGAGUUCGAAUUUCUAUGAACUGUGUGAUAAAGGGGAGAGAUUGAAUGGGAAAAAUUUUAUGCUCCCCGAAGGAUCCGAAAUAAGGGAAUACAUAAUCGGAGAUGUAGGCUAUCCUCUACUACCCUAUCUCAUAAUACCGUACGAGGGGAAAGAACUACCCGAGUUAAGAGCUGAGUUCAAUAAAAGGCAUUCGGCAACCCGGCUAGUAGCACACAGGGCAUUGGCUAGGCUGAAGGAAAUGUGGAAGAUCAUCCAAGGGGUAAUGUGGAGACCUGACAAACAUAAGUUGCCAAGGAUCAUCCUGGUUUGCUGCUUGCUUCAUAACAUCGUUAUCGACUUGGAAGACGAUGUGCAGGAUGAAAUGCCAUUGUCUCAUGACCAUGAUUCUGGCUACCGCCAACGGGUUUGUGGGUCUGUUGACAUCAAAGGUGUACACCUGAGAGAUAAACUUUCUCUCUACUUGUCAGGGAAAUCACCACAAUAAUUGUUACCCCCAUUUCUGAUUCCUGAUACAAAGAUGUUUAAAUAUGGUCUUUCACAAACAUAGACAAUCAUUUCAUUGAAGAUGGCUUACUUUAUGUGUAAUUUAACAUUGUAAAAGCUAACAGUAUCAUUGCAUUUUUUUUUUUAAUACAAGGCUCCUCAAAUCAUAA